GCGAUUCCAUUAUCCAAUACCGACACUACUAAACCACCAAAUAAGUACAAAUCAGAUAUCACAUCCCAAAAGCACAAUUUAGUCUCCCAUGAUAUCUAUAUAAGAUCAGACUGAACACUCUUCAAUUGACAAUCCAACAACUUCAUCAUGUCGCGGCCAGAGGACACACUGUCCGCGGACGUCCACUACAAUGACUCCGAAGCGCGCAAAUACACCACCUCCUCACGAAUCCAAAACAUCCAAGCCUCAAUGACCCAGCGCGCCCUCGAGCUCCUCGACCUCUCCACGCCCUCCCUAAUCCUCGACGUCGGCUGCGGCAGCGGUCUCUCCGGCGAAAUCCUCUCCUCAACACCCGCCGACGAAGGCGGUCCACACGUCUGGAUCGGCAUGGACGUGUCAGCCUCAAUGCUCGACGUCGCACUACAGCGCGACGUCGAAGGCGACCUGAUGCUCGCGGACAUCGGACAGGGCGUGCCGUUCCGGGCGGGCACGUUCGACGCCGCGAUCAGCAUCAGCGCGAUCCAGUGGCUGUGCAAUGCGGAGACGAGCGACGUGUCGCCGCAGGGCCGACUGUCGCGGUUUUUCAACGGGCUGUAUGCGAGUUUGAAGAGGGGCGGGAGAGCGGUUUGUCAGUUCUACCCGAAGAACGACGAGCAGAAGCGCAUGAUCACCGGGGCGGCGGUGAAGGCGGGGUUCGGGGCGGGGCUGCUGGAGGAUGAUCCCGAGACGAAGAAUGUGAAGGUGUAUCUGGUUCUGACGGUUGGUGGGGGGAAUUUGGAGGGGAAUGGGGGCGAUAUUACGGGUGUGGUUAGGGGGAUGGAUGGCGUGGAUGUGCUGGAUUCAAGACAUGGGAAUAAGAGUGGGAAGGGGGAGAUUAAGAAGGGGAGUAAGGCGUGGAUUGUGAAGAAGAAGGAGCAGAUGGAACGGAAGGGUAAGGUUGUUAAGGCUACGUCUAAGUACACCGGACGCAAGAGACGGAUUGCUUUCUAGACUUGAGGCGAUACCCUUGUUGCAUUGCACGGCGCCGUGGAGUUCUAGGUUUGAGGUGUAUUAGGAAAUACAUUGACUUUUCUGACAGAUAUCAAGAGAUGUCUUCCCGCUGGUAUCCUCCAUUGCUAUUUCGAUAUUCGUUCGAUAUUGAAGAUGCCUUUAGUAGAAGGAGUGCGCUAUGGUCC